AUGAACUUGAAUAGAUGGAAAACAUACAUGCAAAAGGAGAUUAUCGAUGGGGUUCUGUUGUUGGCUGCACAGAAGUUAUGCAAAUCUGUGAGAUUUGAUUCAAAGGCUACCGACCAGGCUCUUGCAGUACUGUCUCAGAGAUCCAGUCUCAACAUCUGCCUUGGUCACCCCCAUGUCAUUUCUUAUCUCAAAACAGGAGUGGCUAGUCACUUGUGGAUAUGCUUUUCAAUGACUGAAGAUAGGUUCUGGAGUUUUACUGGUUACCCAUCAGAGCCCCUUCUGUCUUGCGUCGCAGCAAUGUUGCUCCAUGAAGCACCCAAGCAUUUGAAGAAUGCUUUGCAGGUCUUGAGGGAGAAGGUCGAUGGUGGGAUGGUCGACAUUGGACAGACCAGAGAGUUGACCAGCAGACUUUUACUGCUUCUUGCUAAGGAUCUCUGUAUACGCCAGUCAGACCCCUCUGAAGGCAUGGUCCAGGAUUUACAAUAUAGCAGAAGUGUGGAUGCCGAACUGCUAGACUGUCAGAAGGUCUCCAUUGUCGAGUUUCUGGAGUACCUUUUUGGCCCGACAUUCUGGUCAAAGGCAGGAGGGGAGGCCAAGACAACUUUUCAGCGUGCCUAUAUCAACUUUUUGCACUGGCUACCCAUGUCAGAGUUUAUCUUCCCUCCACUGCCAGUGGCAGAUGAUUCCAAACACACUACAGUGGAGAAGUCAAGGUAA